AUGAGAAUUUGGAAAGGAGACUCGGGGAAACAGUUCGCGCUGUCCGACGAAGGGCAGCAAGAGUCUCCGAGUGAGCCUUCAAUGGGGAGAAGACACGUCAGGGCCAGAGCGACGUUUGAAAUCCGCCGUCCAGAGCGAGCAGCCGAGGGCAGCCGCCAACUGAGCAAGCUGCGCUCCCUCCCACUGCGCCUUCACCUCCGCGCCUCGCCAUGGGGGAGACUGGCGGUGGCAGGGAUGGACGAGGUGAGCGAGUGCCGGGAGCGGGGCUACCUGCUGACCCAGAAGAGGAUCGGGUUGGGCUCCUCUCCAGGGGUGACCUGGCACCCCCACCCCGCAGAAGGUCAGCUGCAACGGCCGACUGGCGUGUGGGCUGGAAAACCAGAGGGACAAGAGGGUGAGGUCGCUAUCAAGAUCAUCCCGAUCUCCCAAACUCUACAGCAGCAGUCUCGCCGAUGCCUUUCCCGGGAGAUCAAUGCUCUACAGAUAACGUACAAGCACCCUAACGUGAUCCAGCUGUACGAGAGCUUCCGUUCCCCGAGCCGCCUGUACCUGGUGCUGGAGCUGGCGUCCAGGGGGGACCUGCUGGAGCACAUCAACCGAACGGCCGAUCGCUCCCAGGCUGUGGGGCUGCGCGAGGCCGAGGCCCAGCAGAUGUUCCAGCAGCUGGUGGGGGCCGUGUACCACUGCCACACCAAGCACAUUGCGCACAGAGACCUGAAGUGUGAAAACGUCCUGCUCGACGAGAAGGGAUGCGUGAAGCUGACAGACUUCGGCCUGGCCAGCAAGUGCAGCAAGAACAGUUUGAUGAGCACCUUCUGUGGCUCCAUUCCCUACAUGGCCCCAGAGAUACUCCAAGGCCUGAGAUACCGCGGCGACCACGCCGACAUCUGGAGCAUGGGUAUCAUUCUCUACGCCAUGGUGACAGGCAAACUUCCCUUCAACGAAUUUCAACCCUGCAAACUGUUGGAGGAGAUAAAAAGUGGCGUGCUGUACCACGACCGCCUUUCACCAGCCUGCCAAGACCUCAUCAACAAGAUGCUCCAGUGGACACCCUCAGCCCGCCUCGCGCUCAGUGAGAUCCUCGUCCACCCCUGGAUGCUCCCGGCUGCAUCCCUCCUCUUCCAGAAGGUCCAGCUCUUCGUGGCUGAGUCUCCGCCCAAGAAACAGGAGAAAGAGACGGCCGCCAAAGGGCGGAGCCUUCCUCCAGCAAGGACCCCAAAGGGGAAGAAAGUUCUCACCAUCUCCGGUGACCCCCAUGCGGAUGAGAAGUUGGUGUCGCCGCGGAGGACCGGUCCUGGGCUAGCCUCGCCCCAGCCCGGAGGAUGGGUCAGACCCACGUCCCGGGAGCGCGCACCCCCCAGCCGCCUGGUCGAGCUCUUCACCCGGGUGCCCAGACCCCCCACGGCCUCCAAGCCCCCCCGCCCCGGCGCCCGCAAGCGUCCGGUGUCAGCCUGCAGUUGGAACGCGGAGCUGGGCCACAAGGUCCCAGGCUCCCAGGACUGGACCCUCUGCCUGGACCUUUCCAAAUCUGCCCACCACAUCAGCCCACUGGCCGACUACCUCCCACGCCGGUUGAAGGGAUUUUAG